AUGGAUAUCAAAGAGUAUAUUAUUCUAGUUUAAUAAGCCUCUCAUCAAUUUAAAACCAACAAAAAUAUUCGAAGUGAUGCUGAUAAGCAGAAGGGAAAAUUACUGAAAAGUAAUCAAAAUCAGCAAUUUGAAAUUAAUGAUAUCAAUAUUGAGCCAGAGAGUUUCUCCUCGAUUUCAGGAUCAGCUUCCAUCUCAGCCUCUAAUUCUAGUGGGUUGAGUUAAUCACUCAGAUAGAAAUAGCUGAUAGAUGAAAAUGAAGUUCCAAGAUCACUUUAAAAUCUAAAGAAGGCUAUUUAUAUAUUCUUUCUAAUUCUGAUAGGAACUUCUUUCUCAGUUCUUGCUGUCAAUUAAAUUUAGAACUAGUAGUUUUAAAAGGAUUCUGCUAUCGUCACUCAUGCAAUCACAAUCGCAGGAAAUUUUAACUAUCAAAGAUUAGCAUAUAGAAUGAUGCUCUCCACAGUUAAAAUACCAGAAAAAGAAGUCCGAUUUAAUCUUCAAUACUUACAGCAAUAAAUUGAUCAAUUCUUUGAUAGAUUAAAGAUAGAUGUUAACUAGGUUACUGAUGAGGAUGAUAUAAUAAAUCAGGAGUUGAGGGACAUGAUGGAAUUAUAAAAAUCUUAAAACAAAGGCGACUAAUUUCAAUAUUUGGUGCUUAUUAUAACAAUGAGUUGUAUAUCUAUCACAUUUCUAUCAGCGUUUGGAAUGGUACCUGUUACUUCAUCUCUUGAUAAUGAAGCUGAGUACAUUUUGGUUCAAUGGAUGCAUAUUGAAAGGAAAACAAAGUUAUAAUGUCUCAAUUAAAUAAAAGUAUUCCUCGAAAUAUGGAAUGAUGAGUAAAAUGAAUAAGUUUAAAUUAAAACUAAACAACCAAUAAUCGAUGAAAGAGAUUUAGAAUUGCUAAAUGAAACAGUUUCGUUUAACUAUCAUAGUGCUCAAUAAUCAUUAUAAUCAAAAUUACCUCCUAUAACUCAAAAGAAGCAUACCUUUUAAAGUAGAAAGUAAUAGCUGUAAGAAUAUAAUGUUGAUAGAGAAAGCUAUAUCUUUUCAAGCUACAUUGUCGAUUCAAUUAUUCGAAGUGAUGCUAAUUUAAAUAAUAAAUAAAAUUAAGAGAGUAUUGUAGAGGAAUUUGAAGAUUAAACCAGUAAAAUCAGUCAAAAAGAAAAUAAAACAAACAUUAAAGGUAUCAAUCUUAAUGAAUUAAAUCGCAAAGAUUCUUACUAAACUGCUGAAUAUUCAACUAUUUAAUAGCAAAAUUAAGAUCUCAAAUCAAUAUUUAGACUCAGAAAGAUCAAGAAAAUAAUUUUGAUAUUUGGUUUCUCAUUUGUCAUCUUAGGUUUCUACUUAACAUUUUACUUUAUCUCAGCCAGAAUAUUUGAAAGUUCAAAAGAGUCUUUUAAUUUUAUUUUCAAUUUCAGUAGAAGACCUGCUUGUUUAGCUAAUUCAGUAAACUUUAUGAUAGAGACAUUCGUUUAAAACAGAACUAUAUUGGUUGGAUUUAACUAGUAAAAGAUUUAAGAUUUUAUCAAUUAGACUUGCAUGAGUUUCGAAUAGGUAUUGCAGGAAUACCAAUAGAAACCACCUACAUAGCUGCAAAGUAUCCACAAUCAGAUCAAUUUAAUAAAUUCAGAUUAAGUUUGCUCUAUUGUUUUCAAAAAUUAGCCUGAUGUAAUAAGUCAGUGCCUUUAAUUUAAUAAUGGAGAGUUCAAUAAUGGUCUAAGUAAUGUUAUUAUGGGAAUUUACUACUUCAUCUAAAAAGAGUUUGUCUCGUAUUAUAGUUUCGAGGGUAUGUAAUGGCUAAGGACUAAUUAAUUUCUUGACUAGCAUGAGUUUCAGACUAAGAAUCAAGAUUCAGUUAUUUAGCUUUUUAAGUAUGUGAUACCGAUGUCCUCUUAUCUUGAAAGCAUUGUUAGGGAUUCACUAAAAGAUUAUUAAGACAAUUUAAUGCAGAUUUAUUUGAUUAUCUUCGCAAUUUUCAUGGUAUUCUUGUUGAUAAGUUUGAUAGUCUCAGUAAGAACGAUUAUUUAACAUUUAAAGACUCUAGUUAUCAGAACUAAGCUUUUGGUAAAAAUUAUUCCUUCUGAUGCAUUGCCAGGCAUCGCGAAAUAGAUUAAAAGGGAAUAGAUAAGAAAAGAUUAAAAGAUUAAUAAAGAAAUUUUUGAUGAUUGA